UGAUUUUAGGUAUCGAUGGGCAACCAGGUGAACCAGGUCAACGUGGUCGUGACGGAGUUUACUUGCCAGCACCACCACCCGAAGCGAAUCUAUGUCAGAAAUGUCCCACAGGAGCUCCAGGACCACCGGGACUACCAGGGCCGAAAGGACGUCGUGGUGAGCCGGGAAAAGCCGGAAAAGCCGGUCGUAAGGGUGAGCCGAAUCGUCAAGGACCACCGGGUCCACCCGGAUUACGCGGUGAACCUGGACCACCUGGCCCAAAGGGACCACCCGGUGAUCGCGGUCGAGUACUGAACGGAGCACCUCAAGGACCAGCUGGACCACCUGGUAGAAUUGGACCUCGAGGACCUCCAGGAGGAAAA